AUGGCUGGAAGAAAUGUCACUGCUAUUGCUACUGCUUUAUUUGUGGAACUUGCUAAGUUCCAUCCUCAUUACAGUGAGACGACUGUUGAGUUCUUGAAGUUUAUCAAAUUCGAGAAUGGUUUGCAUCCUGAGAUUAAGCAGGAGAUUAGAUACCAACAAAUUAGGAGGUUUCCACAGUUGGUGAAUAAUUGUAGAAUUUAUGAGGAUGAUAGUAAGGAUCAGUCGGCUUACUACAAGGGGCUGAGCGAGAGAAGAGGAAAGCAAAAUUUGAAUAGUAGGAAGCCAUAUAAUGCUCCAGCUGAUAAAGGUAGACAGAGAGAUACUGAUGGUAAGAGGCAAGGUGGGGGAGGUGUUCCUACUCAUCUUAAGUGCUAUAGGUGCGGUGAGUUAGGUCAUCGUGUCAGUGAAUGCAAGAAUGAUGUGAAUAAGUGCUACAAGUGA